AGGUGCUCCUGGAGGCAGGGCCCCAGGAUCUCCCCUGGCCCAGUGACGAGAAGUGUCGGGAGAAGGGCAUGGCCGUUUGCGCGCUGGUCUCCAUCGACAACUUUUCAAGGCCCAUCGCGCUGCAUGCGAACUGGGAUGGUAUUUGGCGGGGUUCGCGCUUCUUGCCUCCCACAGAACGUUGCUUCGUGGUCUUCCAAAUGGGCGAGGAACUGAUCACCGUACAUCAGGGUCUACCCGUGCGGAGCCUUCAAAGGCCCAUGGCCAUGCCCUUAUGGCGCCAAAGCCCUCAAGUUGGAGCUGCCGUGGGAAGCUGCACUGAAGUCAACGUGCUGCGGAUUGGGGCGUUGGCGGAGGCUUUCUGCAAUGGCACGGAGCCAGCGUGCCGCGGUGCGCGGGUGAAGUGCACCGCAGCGCAGGCGUCUUUUGCGCAGCGCGGCAAAGUGAGCGAGGCCCAUCCCAGGUGUCCAGUUGCCUGGACCAAAGCCGCGAACAUUUGAUCUGGACCUGGUGAAAAGAGGCAUCUCUGCAGCUGCCGAC